AUGGGGAGGUUAUCUGGUGAUGCACUCCUCUCGUAUCCGCACAACUUCAACAACACCAAAGCAGCCACGCCUCAUCGCUCACUUAACUCAACAAAAACCACAUUUCAAGGCCUGUCUCUUCAAGAGGCCAAAAGGGGUGUCUCAGACUUCUUCCUAGCUGAGAAAAAGAGCAGUUUCAGUUCCAGUCAUGCAAGAAGAGGACUUGUGAUCACUGCAAGAACUGCUGGUGCUUCAAAAACUAUAGAGGUUGAGGUCGACAAGCCUCUAGGCUUGACAUUAGGCCAAAAGAAAGGAGGUGGUGUAGUUAUCACUGCUGUUGAUGGAGGUGGGAAUGCAGCAAAAGCAGGGCUUAAAGCAGGGGAUCAGGUGCUUUACACAAGCAGUUUCUUUGGGGAUGAACUUUGGCCUGCAGAUAAGCUUGGAUUUACCAAAACUGCCAUACAGGCAAAGCCAGAUUCUGUCUACUUUGUUGUUAGCAGAGGAGCAGAAGCCGAUGUUAAACGACUAACAAAGCGACCAGCACCUCCUCGCUUUGGAAGGAAAUUGACUGAGGCUCAAAAGGCAAGAGCUACUCAUAUUUGCCUUGAUUGUGGAUACAUAUACACUGCACAAAAACCUUUUGAUGAGCAGCCUGAUACGUAUGCAUGCCCUCAAUGUCGAGCACCAAAGAAGAGAUUUGCUCAAUACGACGUAAAUACAGGCAAAGCUGUUGGUGGAGGGUUACCUCCAAUUGGGGUUAUUAUAGGGCUGAUGGCUGGUGUUGGAGCUGUUGGAGCUUUACUUGUUUAUGGCCUCCAAUGAAACUUCAUUUGUUACCUUCAAACUCUGUUUAUUCUAUACUCUCAUAGAAUCGGUGGUGCAAGUAUGAAUUUUGAUUUCCCUAUCAAAUAAGGAUUUUUCUUAUUAGAAACAGAGGAAUUCAUGCACAUAAAAUGUCACAAAGCUUCUCCAUUCUUUCUGUUGCUGCUGCUGAAGAAACCAAAUGAUAUUCUUCAACAUUUGUCAUUUUCUUUCACAUGACAAAAAAGUUUAUCAAAUUCAGGGUUUGACCUUUGCUGAACUGAACAAGUAUAGUUAGAUUAUCUGCAUAUAUAUAUAUAUAUUAUUGGCUUACAAACUCAUUAUUUAUUGUCUCAUUUUGAGGUUGACUCACUUUCACAAGCCAAAAACAUGCUAAUGCCCUGACUUGAAUAUUGAGUUUUGCUCAAGUGGAUCAUGAAUCCAUGGGAGCCAUGCUGUUGAAACUUAGCCAAACUGAUUUUAAUCUAAUUAUAUGGAG